AUGGUGGCUUCUCAACUGCAAGAGCAAGUUCGCAUUUUACGCUCAACCGUGUCACAUCUCGACGCUCGUACAUUCACCAUUGAAACCCCGGUAAAGGCUGUUGUCCCAAUGCAACAGGACGAGGCCGAAGCACGUUUCUACCAAAUUGUCGAGUUCUGGCCAUGGACGCCCCUUUUAACGAUCCACGCGUCCUCUCAGCUCAUGCUCUCUUUAAAGUUGAUCCUUCACCAUGUGCCUAUGGGCUCUCACCAUGCCCCCACAGCUUUACCGAAGUCCGUUGCUAUCAUUGGUGCUGGAAGCGGCGGCCUUGCUAUGCUCAAGGCUCUGCUAGACUUGCCCCUCUCCUUGCGUGAAGGAUGGGAGAUUGUGUUAUAUGAAGAAAGAGAAGAUGUUGGCGGCAUCUGGUUACCAGACCCCAGAGGAGUAACCCCUCCUGAGCUUCCAGAAACGCCUCUCUAUCCACUGCUCCGCACGAAUACUCCAGUGCCAUUCAUGACUUAUCCUGGCUUUCCCUUCACCGAAGGCACACCUCUAUUUCCAAGCCACGAAUAUGUCCAAACCUACCAUGCACGCUACGCCGAGGAGUUGAAUCUCCGCGGCUACAUCCAUUUUCACCACAGACUCGAGAAAGCCGCUUGGGAAGGUUCUUCGAAGGAAGGUUUCUGGAACCUCACCGUCUCAGACCGGAAGAAGGGCGUCGUCCAGACGAAAACUCACGACCACCUAGUGGUCGCCAGCGGCAACAACCACAUUCCACACAUCCCUACCUGGGAGGGACAAGACGAAUGGCUGGCAAACAGUCCACCUGGUGGCCUCAAGAGGCGUAUCAUUCAUUCGAUAUACUACCGUGAGCCGGAAGAAUUUACCGGGCAAAGCGUUUUAAUAGUUGGAAACGGUGCCAGUGGUCGGGAUGCGUCUACUCAGUUAGCAGGGUUGGCCCGAGAGGUAUUCAUUUCCAUCAGGCAUGAAGACCAGCGCGUAGUAGGCCAAAUCAAGCCUGAGAUCCACCAUUUCUCCGCGACUGGAGUAGUGUUCGUGGAUGGCACUUUUGUAAACCCCGACGUCGUCCUGCUAGCAACGGGAUACGAGCACCGAAAACCUUUCCUUGAGGAGACCGGCCUCCUGCGAAUCGACCGCUCAGCUCGCGACAACUCUUCCGGUACCGACGGCCUUGUAUCAAACACUCGAUACAUCUUCCCUCUUCACCAGCACAUUCUUUCUCUGAGCCCUGAGUACCCUACCAACGCUCUUGCUUUCGUUGGUCUACCCUCGGCUAUCCCAAACUGUGCUUCGGAUUUGGCUCAGAGCCUAUUCGCUACAUAUGCAAUUGCUCAUCCUGAUAUUCUUCCUUCUCGCUCUGAGAUGCUCGCAGACCUUGCACGCCACGAAGACGAGGUCCGCUCGCUGGGUUUUGACCCAUACACUGCUGGCCAUAGAAUGCUCACUUUCGAUAUGUCGAGCGGCUACCAAGACGAUCUCGUCGAUUUCCUGAAGAAAAAGGGCGUCAUUCGGGAUGAUGGUAAAAAGUUCGUAGAGCAAUGGCGGAAGGACGUCUUCACCUACCAGUAUAUCGUUCGCGGUUGGAAGCGCAUCGAAGAGCUCGGCAUCGGCGACGAAUGGGUCAGAGGUGUCGAGACUGAAGAGCAAUGGGCCGAUGUCAUGAGACGGGUCAAUGAAUGGCAGAAGGAAUACGAGGAAGCAAACGGGAUUGAAUUUGUAUCUGACUGGUCUGUCCCUGGCGUUUCCUCCUGA